AUGUCUCACAAUGAACCAAGGAUAUUAUCUAAAGAGGAGAUGCCUGCCUCUGAAGCCAAGAAGGGAAAGAGGUCCUUGAUUCCGCUAUCUAAUAUCCAAAUGAAAGCCAACGUUGUCUAUAAAGCGAAUCUGGGAAUCUGCAGAAAGAAAAACCCGCCGCCCGUUGGAAAGUACAUUAUCGUGACAGGCUUGAUCGAUGAAGGGGAAACCGUCGAAGAAGCUGCCAAACGCGAGCUCUACGAAGAAACUGGAUACACUGCAGAUGAUAUCAUGGAGGUGUCUCCUGUCGUUGUUAGCGAUCCAGGAUUGACAAAUGCGAACAUGCAACUGGUUGUUCUGAAUGUGGUGAUGGAAGACGAAUUGACUCUACCGAAGCCUAAUCUAGACCCAGGAGAAUUCAUCGUCACGAAGGUCGUGGAAAUUGCAAAAUUAAACGCUGCAUUAGAGGAUUACAAUGAAAAGGGCUUCGUUGUCGAUGCUCGACUAUCACAUCUUGCAUCUGGAUUGGAGCUCGCUAAGAAGCUGCAAAUUUGA